AUGAUUGUGCAUCCGAAAGAUAUCAGAGAGAGUCCGGAUGAGGCGUCUCGUAAACGGAAAGCCCAUAAGAAGUCGCGACGAGGCUGUCGGAACUGCAAGUUGCGUCGAGUUAAAUUGUUGGAGAAGCGUUACGAUCUCCAACUUUUCAUUGGCGAGAAGAACCUUGAAAAGUAUUCGGAAUGGCUAUUCUCGGCCACAUCAGUUGGUUUUGAUUUCCACAGCGCUGGAUAA